UAUAUCUGGUUAAAUUAAUGAAUUUUAUCUAAUUUAAUAACCUCGUUUAUUUUUAAAAUGAAUUUCUUAUUAUUACAAAUCAACUUUAUAAUUUAAUUUUUCCAAUGACGAAUUCUUAUCAGAGAACCAUUAGUUAAUUUUGGAGACUAACCAAAUUAAAAUGCUGGACUGUUACGUCAAACUUUACAAGAUAGAUCCUCUGUUAGGGCCCUUGGUCCAAUCCCAAUUACCCAACCCUGUUUCUAAGCCUCGUACAUUAGUUAACCAUCAACUAAAACACUCUUUAUGUGAUAAUCGCUUGAACGAUAUAGUCCAUGCCAAAAAGAUGGAAGAUCUUAUAAAUUGCCUACCUGGAGUGGACAAUACCCGUAUGCGUUCUAACUCGGAAAUGGAUGUCAUGAAAAAUUUGAGACCCGAUAUGGGGAACGAAUUCAGAGAAAUACAGGAAUACGGGGAAGCCAGAAAAAAAUCAUUUUAUAGCUAUGCCUUGGCAGAUUAUAGUAAGCUAAAUAUUUGCAGCGUGUGUUUUCGCAGCUUCUCCUUGAAUUGCGAUCUUAGGGACCAUAUGUUUUUCGAACACACCAUACAUAACUCGCCACAACUAGCCCUGAAUGCCCGGAUUCUGGAUAAACAAAUAUUUCAGGAUGAAUUUUGCAAAGGGCUUAUGCUGAGAAAUUUAUCCUCUUGUGUGGAAGUCAUAAAAUCCGACUCCAAUCACAAUAACAAAGUCAAUUCUCCCACUUUUGAAGUUUCAGUUAGGCCAGAAUCGAUAGCCACCUUGAAUGAAAGCGGAAACCAUGAAAGUCGAGAAACAUACUACACGGAUCGAGAAAUUCUCAAGAAGCGAAGGAGGGUCAAGAGGAUUAGCGAAGAUUACCUCUACGAGGCGGACUUUGUCCCGAACCAAGGAGAGCCCUUUAAACGAGCCAUCUUAGACAACAAUGAGGCUCAAAUAGAGAAGAAUUUUGAUAAUAUUACUGCGAUCGGUUUAGAUAAUAAAAAUACAAUGACUCGAGCUGGAUCUUCCUCUGAUUUUCAAGACGCCGCUAAAGGCUCCUGCGAAACACUUUACAUGGGUAAAAAACGCGGUCGCAAACCAAAGAUGACCUUUGAUCUGAUUGAAACCCCGUAUUCUCUCCCUAACCAUGUAGACCAAACGUCACCGCUCAGCAAGAGUAACUACCAACCGGACGGUAAUUGUGUGUGCACAGUGUGUCACAAGGAUUUUGAAUGGCCAUCGAAGCUUAGACGCCAUUUUGAUUCCGUUCACCUGAGGCUUAAACCCUUCACCUGCCAUCUGUGCAGCGAAAAAUUUUCUUCCAAACUCGGUCUUGAUGGGCAUGUGAGCUCGACUCAUGAAAAACGUAAGCCUUACGUGUGCCCGCUUUGCCCAUUAGGGUAUAACGACAGGGGCUCGAUCCGUGCACGCCCCAAGGCCUUUGCCUUCAAAGCCUCUCUCAGGAAUCACGUGGCCGUGGCUCACAGGGAAGAUUUACUCAAAUCCGAGCAGGCUCGAGAGAUGAGCCUCGAAAUAGUUGGUAGGGGUGAUCUGGAAGGCAACUUGAUUACCACCAAUGACUACGAUUCGCCGAAUAGCAUUAAAAUGGAGCCUUCCGAAGUUUUCCAAAAUAUGGAAUUGGGUGCGACUGAGCAUCUUGUCGAGGACUCCAAUGAUUCGGCACCUGGAGAAUUCAAACUCGAACAGGGAUUCGUUCAAGACGAAUCGCUAGUUUCUCAAGAGUUUAUUGACAAUUCAUUUGACCCCUCUAUCAACAAAGGCAAGAAAAAAAGGGACGGCAGUUUCAUUAAGGUGGGCGAAAAUUUGAAGGUCAAUCUUAAAAUUUACCGAUGCGACGUAUGUUCAAAAAUUUUCAAUCAAUCCGGACAUUUGACCCGUCACUUUAAAGUUGUUCACAUGAAGGUGGGCCUCUUCAAGUGUUAUAUCUGUUCGGGGACCGAGAAGCAAGACACGGAGGAUGUGAAAGAGGACAGGCUGUUUCAUUCUAAGGCCAGUCUGAAAAAUCAUAUCAGGCGCUUUCACCAGGGUUGCCGAACUCACAAAUACGGAUGCGAGGAGUGUGGUAUGUCUUACGCUGAUCGCAAGUCCGUUGAGAAUCAUAGACUUAAAGCUCAUCAUCAUGGGACUUCUUUCAACCCUAUCUCUGAUUGGGGUAGCACUCCAGCUGGAACUCUGGUUUAUCGUUGCCCUUUGGGUCCUUGUGGCAAGACCUUCGCUGCUAAACUCCACCUUACAAUCCACAUUAAAAAGUUUCACCCAUACUUGCAUGAACGGCUCAGACGCUUCAAGAAAAUUCCCGUCACUCGUCCCACAAGUGUAUCACGUAAAAACACUCUCUACAUCAAGGGUGCAGAGACUGAUUCCGGACCUUACCGUAAUGUUACUGAUAUAGAUCUAGCUUUGGACGCUGAAGACUCCAGGGUCGAGAUAAAUGAACCGACUACAACUCCCACCAUGAUGAUGCUCGGCCACCAAAAUAAUCUGGUCAUAUCCACGCAAACGUUGGGCGACUCUGAAAUCGGCAGUACCAUGGAGGGAGGAGGCCCCACUUUUCUUUGUGAUUCUUGCCAAGAGACCUUCGCCGAUAGGCAUUCACUCGUCAGGCACGUGCGACACUUCCACGAGGAGAAAUCUUACGUCUGUCACAUUUGCGGUCGAUCCUACUACCAAAAACCCCACUUGAAUCGCCAUCUGGCCUCAACCAUCCACGCCGACGUCCUCCCUCACCAGUGCAAUUAUUGUGGCAAACGCUUCGCUCAAUACCCCCAGCUCAGGAAGCACCUGGUCGAUCUAUUUUAUCAUAGAGAUCCUACCCUUCUUUCGGCUCCCAAGUUUAUGUGUCAUUUAUGUACCCCAUCUCAAGCAUUUCUUCCUCCAGGUAUGGACAUUAAUACCUAUGUCAACGACAUAAAUACCGUUCUACUUCAAGAGGAAAACGAGUUGAAUUCUGGCAAUAAAUCACCACUGAUGAUCCCGCCCGAAAAUGAAUUUGACGAAGAUGAACAGACCCGGGUUCAUCUCGAUAUAGUUGACAGGGUUCAUUUGGGAACAGGUGAACCUGUGAAUAUCAAAAAUAAUUCUACUACAAUAACCAAGCUAGUAGAGGAAAUUUUACCCUCUUCCUCUCCUGAUGUGCUCAUCGCUUCAUCUAAAAAUAUUAUAGAUUUCGAUCGAUCGAAUAACACACGCCCAAAGUUUGCCGGCCCUGAUGAACCCGACGAUUAUUUCUAUUACAACAUAAACAACGACAUAAACGCCGUGGAAAAUUACUUCGAGCCCUAUACUCCCAUAGUUCCUCCAUCUUUCGACCCAGCCAUCGUGACCAAAGAGGGCCGUCCCCCACCUAUCCGUAUAGUUCGGUUUCCGAAUAUGAAAGAACUAGUUUCACACUUGAAGAAGUUUCAUCCCGAUUUUGACCCUUUCACUGGGACGGAUAAUCUCGGCGUUCCCAACAAGCGAGUAUGUUUCAGGAUACUACCCCCCUUUAUGACUCACCCUUCAGUAUCUGUCCAAUCCUACGAAAAUCCUCAAAGCACCUUUACGGGCCCUGCCAUUUUCAACGACGGUAAUAUGAAUAACAUGCCUGUAUCCAUGAACGAAUACGAUCCCAAUCAACCUCCAAUUAAUGACCAAAUCCACAAUGGUGGCUUAAACAACCCCGAAACCUAUUACUACGACUCGCAAAACAAUUACUAUCUUCUGAGCAACCCUAACGUUAGCACCACGCCCGACUUACGAAAUUCUCCCACCACUCAAUAUAGUUAACUCCAUUUCCGGAGGUUCAAUCUCGCAACCGCCCCAAGAAGUUGUCCCCGGCUUCAACUUUAUCCAUUUAUGCGAAUUUUGUGGCAAGACCUUUACUUAUAGCAAAACUCUCAAAGAGCACAUCAAGAAAAUGCAUAGUUCCUAUAUAAGUAGUGAAUCGGCUCUUUCUCACAGGACCCUCUGUUACGACAAGACAACCACGGGCGAUGUUGAGUUGGCCGAGGCCAGUGCUGCGAUGAUGAUGAUGGAGUCGCCAGAUUAUCAGAAAUAUUUUUCCGACAGUUCUAACAUGAACUCUAUGCUUUUCAGCAGGAGGAAGAAAAGAAGAUCCUGAGUUUUUUUAACUUUUUUGUUAUCGGUUUUUUUAUACACGAAUUGUAUUAGAAUAUUAUUUAGUAUGAUGUAUGAAGAUGAUAGAUGUAAAAUUAUUAU